UUCAUAAACCACAUUCUUUUCCCCUUUCUGCAAUCAAACACUUCAACAGCAAUGAUGAUACAGCGAUUUAAGGGAGCGAGCGAACUGGACCACUGCAAAUGGGUCGCGAAUUUGAUCGAGAGCAAGUUUUUCGGGACCUGCAUCGAUCAUCGGACCCUUCGGAAAAACGAAAAGAACGUGUUUUGCAUCGACUGUAAUCUGUGUUUUUGCAAACAUUGCGUUACGGGUUUGAAAACACAGUGCCACCACCGCCACCGCCGCCUCCAAAUCUGCCGGUAUGUGUAUCACGACGUCGUUCGUCUCCAAGAUAUCCAGAAACACCUUGAUUGCUCCAACAUUCAAACGUACAAAAUCAAUGGUGAAAAAGCGGUGCAUUUGAAUCCCCGACCUCAACAACAUAAAGAUUCACGACCAUCGAAAUCCAAAAUCUACGGGACUUAUUGUGAAGCUUGUGGUAGACAUAUUCAAGACAUCCCGAAUCGGUUUUGUUCCAUUGCUUGCAAGGUGUCAGUGGUAGUGGUGGAUGAUAUAAAUAAACUCGAAAAUCACAAGAUGGUGUCGUAUUCUUUUUGUAAGAAAAACUGCGAUCUCGAAGGACUUACGCACGAAAACGAUUCGUCUUUUUCUUCGUCGAUCGAAUCGGUUGAAGAGAACGUUCAAGAAGGAUGGUUAAUUUCGAGUUUAAAGGUUAAAAAGAAUGUAUUACAUAAGAGAAAAGGUGUUCCUCAAAGAGCUCCUUUAUGUUGAUAAUAUAUUUUCUUUGAUUUCGACAUGAAAA